CUUCUUUGUCGGUUUGUCUCCAAGGAAACUGUGAAAGGCAAGGCGGAAGACAUCUUCUGCGAUGGAGGAAGCCCGGGGAGGAGGAGAGGCGGAGGAGCAGGUGAUGAGCGAGGUGCACCUGGGCUGCCCGCCGCGCUUCUCCGGGCUCUACCGCUCCCGCUUCACCUUCUCCUCCCGCCCGCUGCUACUACUACCAGAAUCAUCCGACGGUGGCGGCGGCACCGGCGGCGAGUGUAGUACCGGUGGGUGUGAACUGGUCGUGGCGUCAAGCAGCUCUUGUGAUUCUCCUGAUGCUGUCGCCGUGGAUGGCGACGGGGAUCUCGUUCUCGACAGGAGAAGGAAGAAAGAUAGGUCAGGGAGAAGAAGUGAGGAUCAUGUGCUCACCGUGCAGCACGGUAUCACCUCUUCGCUCAGGAGCGUCGGGCUUCAGGUUUGGAAGGCGGCGAUGCUGCUAACCGACUUCGUGCUGCACAAAAGCUUCACGUCGUCCGAGUUUGAUGGUGUUACUGCCGUGGAGAUUGGUGCUGGGACAGGGCUGGUAGGGUUGGUGCAAGCUCGAGUUGCUAGAAGAAUUUUCAUUACAGAUAGAGGCACUGAUAUCCUCGAUAAUUGCUUGGCUAAUGUCCGUCUCAACUCUAGCGUGUUAAAAUUUGAUGAAGCUAAAGUCCAUGUGCGAGAACUGGACUGGAAAUUUUCGUGGCCUCCGCCUGUGGGUACACGUGACGCAUCUGAUCCAAGUUCAAGAUACUUAUGGUCUACAAUUGAAAUCAAGGAGGCUGAGAAAGCAACCCUGCUAUUCGCUGCAGAUGUUAUUUAUAGCGAUACUCUCACCGAUUUGUUCUUUGGCACAGUGAGGAAAUUGAUGUCACACGGUGCUAACAAGGUGUUGUACUUGACCCUGGAGAAGAGAUACAACUUCAGCAUGGACGAACUGGACGUCGUGGCCAAUGGUUACAAGCACUUCCGAAGCUUCUUCGCGGUUCAAGAUGGAUGUGGAGACCUGGAUAAUGCUACAUCUAAACCAGGCGGUCUUGUGGGGGAGCAGAUAGACCUUGCAAGGGUUCCUCAGUACAUCAGAGAAUAUGACAGGGGCGAGGAUUUGGAGAUGUGGAAGCUCAUGUAUUGUCCAGAUUAAAAACAGCAGUUACUUUAGGAUUUAUAUACUCCAUCCUGAAUUAACUGACGUGGAUUUGUAUAAGAAUCUAUACAAAUCCACGUCAGUUAAUUCGGGACGGAGGGAGUAUGUUGGGUCAAACUCAAUUGUAACUUACCAUGUGAUUGUCCUCCAUGUAUCAUAUGACCACUAGUACCAUUUAUGCUCUUCUUGGACAAAUAUAUACUUGCAUAUUUCUUUCA